ACAAAACAGACGCUCUUGCUUUCGAGUGAACUAAGUGGAGUGUGACCAGCACGAAAACUGGGCAACAAAUCGUCUACCAAGGAUACCUGUUGCAAAAUAAAUUGAUGGCAUUCCACGAAUUCCGUCACUUGAAGCUUCGCGAAGAUGAUUUCACAACCGCCAACCCGAGCCAAGUUGGUGACUUGGCAGAGACAUAUGCGAGCGCAGGUCCUUCCAUCUCUGUGCAAUCCACGAUUGCGGCCGCGACUCACAACGUUUCCAUGUCUGCCGAAAUUCUGUGCUAUAUGUCAGCACUCACCGAUAUUUCGCAAGGUGACACCCAAUAUUUGGGCACAUCUUGUCCCGUGGUGUGGGAUGGUCUUACGUGUUGGCCCCAGACAACAGCUUCAUCUCUGGCGGUGGUGCCUUGCUUCGCGUCGCUCAACGGACUUGACUACGAUACCACACAAAACGUCACGCGCCAGUGUUGGCAAAACGGAUCGUGGGCGGCACGUUCCGACUAUUCCAACUGUCGGCCCAUUUUGGAAGGAGCCACGGCUGACACGCAAGUCGACGAGACGUUGUUAUACUACAUCGGCUACGGCCUGUCACUCUGCGCACUUACCCUAGCAUUGUGGAUAUUCUUUUACUUCAAGGACCUCAGCUGCCUCAGAAACACAAUACACGUGAAUCUCAUGGUUACGUACUUUCUCAUUUCUAUAACCUGGAUCAUCACCGCUACGCUGCAGUCGGUGCCUUUGCCAAAUUUCCAAAGAGCAGCUUGCGGUCUGUACAUUGUUCUCACGUACUUGAUGGGGACCAAUUUCUUUUGGAUGUUCGUCGAGGGCCUCUACCUGUACAUCCUAGUCGUGAAGACGUUCUCCGUUGAAGUUGUGCGGAUACACGUCUACGCGUUCAUCGGUUGGGGUUUGCCAGCCAUCAUCACCGCCAUCUGGGCGACGACGAAAUCCUACCUCAGUUCAAGGCAGCACAGUGAUCUCACCAUCUCUGAUAGCGUGUGCGUGUGGCAGAUGAGAGAUCUGUAUGACUGCAUCUUCAUCGUUCCAGUGAUUGGCGUUCUUUUGACGAACAUGUUUUUCCUCGCCGAGAUUAUGUGGGUGCUCAUCACGAAGCUCCGAGCUGCGAACACAGUCGAGUCUCGUCAAUACAGGAAGGCUGCCAAAGCUCUACUCGUCCUUUUGCCACUUCUCGGUGUCACCUACAUUCUCGUUAUUUGGACACCUACGCACAAGACAGCCAGAGUAAUAUUCACCUAUCUGCAGAUUACGCUGCUGUUCACACAAGGUUUCAACGUCGCUGUACUCUACUGCUUCCUGAAUGGCGAGGUGCGAAAGUCUGUGCGGCACCACCUGGAGCGCUGGAAGACUGCCCGUGCCCUGAAACGCGGCGGCCGACGUCGCUCGAGCGCGUCACGUUUCAGCGACGUCCGUGUUGCCAACUCGAAGCGAGGAAGCUGCGGAAGCUUCGCUACGACCACCACGUCGCUGGGAAAUACGCGCCUCUACUCGGCCACCGGAAAGCGCUUCAGCAACGCUUCCUACGGCCCGGUGGCCCUGAAAGAUGAGCUUGUGUGAACGCGAUUCACCGACCUGCACCACACGACUCACGUUCGCAGCGAAACCUCCGACGUUCCUCGCGGAUAGGCAGCACUGACGGACGACAUGCCGGUCUACAUUCAGCAUGCAAUCGUCAAGAGCUAGCGC